CAUCGACUCAUAACGUUCUUGAAAUUAGCUACUCGUCUCUAUUCGGAUCGAUCUCAGCUGACUCGUCUCGGCUAGUGGUUAAUCAUGCCGCCGGCCACGCGUUCCCGCAGCCAGAGCCAGACAGCACCUUAUCCCACAGCAGGGUCGUCCAGUCGCGCAGCCAAUGCUCAACAGACCGCCAACACCAGUCGGGGUACAAGGGCGACCAGGAGCAGAUCUGGCUCCAUGGUCUCGAACGGUACAGACGAAGGCGGACCAAGACGGGUCACCAGAUCGCAAGCCAAACCUCCAGGUCCAGGACCGCCACGGUUGGCCAAGGUCAUGGAGGAGGUGACGCAGGAUCUGCCGGACUCUGACCAAGGCGAAUCUGAGGUCGAGGAGGAUGGCACUGCUGUGACGGCAGCUCAACGAAUGGAGCUCAGACGAUCUCUUGUCCCUGCCCCUGGGAACAAUGCGGGCCGGCCGGAUACUCGUUUGAUAUUCGCUCCUUUGACGAUUGAAGAGCGAGCUCAGAGAUUGUACCGAGACUCUGGUAUCGUUUUACAAGCUGUCUUGGACCGGAGAGGAGAGAGUGAAGGACCUUUUGACAUGGCGAUGAAUGCCAAAUGGAAGAACUGGGAGGCUGCUCGGGGAUCCAUCUUCUACAACGAAAGAUUAGCACACUUUCUCCAAAGGGACUCGCUGUCAAGAGUGGACGACUUUGACCCUUUCGAACAAUCCGUAACUCUCAACAAAGCGCUUCGUCUUACCGAUAUUGCGGCUUUUGCGAGGAUAAUCGACUCGCCAGAAGAUGCUGCCGAGAGCCUCGACGAGCACGCCAGAGACAAAAAGCCUUGUCGUGCCCUCAAAGAAGCCUCGAGUGUCUUCUUGUCUUGCUGCGUACCGAAACCAUGGAAUGAUCGAACCGCUCUCCAACUGUUGGUAGACCUCGCGACCCAGCGCGUACUUUCUGAACUCGGAGACUUACAGGAGCCGCUUGUGACAGAUGGUCACCUCCAUCCGAACGUCGAGGAUGCUUUUGCUACGGAAGCCCUCACUGACUUGGAGGGUUGGUCCAAGCUUGAUAAUGUUAUGGACGAAAAAACAAUCGCUGUGAAUAUCUGGAAAGAGUUUGUCCUAGAGAGAAAACGUCAGCUCCGUAGAGCGGAACACUUGGAAGUUGCAAGCGGACAGUUCCCGUAUGAGGAAUUCAAGUCAGAAAUGCUGGCUUAUAUAAACGACGCUCUCGCUGAUCUCGAUCUGGACGAGGUACAAGGACAGCCAUCCGUCUUGGAAGGGUUUCCUAGCGGCAGGGUAUAUGACGAGGAUGUGCAAGAAGACGAGGAGAUUGAAGAAGAUGAGGAAGAUGAGAUGACUAUCGACAAGGUGAUCGCGUUGCCAGAGCCAGAAGAGGAGGAGAGAACCAGGCGGGAUAACGCGGUUCAUGACACGAACCUGGAUCAACCGGAAGAUGACGAUGGUGAUAUGCGGUUCACUCAGGCGGAUAUGGAUCAAUACUUGCGGGAACAAGAUCAGCAAGAAGACGUCGUCCCAGUCCCGGUUUCUCUGGCGGAGGAAGAAGAGGAGGAAGAGAUUGAAGAGCUCGAAGCGCCUGAAGGAUCGCAAUGGGCAGUGCGAGAGGGCCCGGACCGAAUGCCUAUACGCCAAGUCUUGGCAGGGGAACGACGCGUUCAAAACCAAGAUCAAAGAAGAUUGAUCAUGGCUCCCGCGGGCCCCGUCGACUGGGAGAGCCAGGCCGCUGAGCCGAGCCGAAGCCAGCAGCACCCUGAAGGGACCCGGGGCGAGCGCGCCAGAACCAAGAAGACGCCAGCGGCAGUCGUUGCGGAUAGGGCUUCUGGGAACCGAGAGGAUGCGGUUCAGAUUGAUCCUCUGGGAGAUGAUUUAGGAGACACGAAUAGUGUCGAGCCACCCAAUGAUCAAUCCAUAACGAUAGGUGAACGUCGGGAGCCAGUGCGCCCCCGCCCUCAGCCCCGCCAGCGCGAUUAUCGUGCUGGCCAUCUCGCUCAUCAGCCAGAUGUCGAUUUGGCACCAAGGGCUACUCGCGGGAAUCCCAAAGCCCCUGAGGGUGACGACGAAGAACUGCGUCUUGCACCCCAGCCGCCUGGUAAUACGAAAGUCUUCCGUUUGGAUCCAGCAGACGACUAUCUCUACGAUGAGAAUCGAAACCCGCUGCACGAUAGGCAUGGCAGACCUCUACGAUUAUACAAACGAUAUACAAAGAUGAGCAAUCUCACCAAGGAUCAAGCCAACCGGACGACCGGGGAGGGCGGUGUCGCUUACCGCUCCAAAAUGCGGAGGACCUGGACCAUAGCGGAGGGUCUUUUCCUCUAUCGCGAGGUCCAGAAAGUGCCCAUUGGCUGCUCAGGACAGCCGACGGCAUACGUGUACAAACGAUUUCAGACUGAGCCGGUCUUCUCGGGAAGAACCAGUAACCAGAUUAGGGAUAAGAUGAAGGACUUGGUAAAGCGACGCCGCAUCGACAAAUUGUUGGUGCUGGGCAGUGCACGUCAUUACCUACCCUCAACCGACAAGCUGCACCAAGAGUACCAAGAGGAGAGAAACGCAGAGCAACGGCGCCUGUCACGCGAGUCCAAUGCCAGAACAGGAUCCGCUGAUGGUAGCGAGACGGACGAGGAGGACGAUCCAGUUCAAGAAGAUGAUGAUGAAGACGAUGAGGAGGAGGAGCGGCAGGUCGAGGAUGAUGAAGAGGAAGAAGAGGAGGAAGAGGAGCCGCAGCAGCAACAUCAGCAGCCCCGGCGGGAUCAGGGCGGCGCUGACACCGAUCAGGAGAUGGAUGAGGCAGAAGCUCGGCGAUUGGAAUAACAAUUCCGCCAAUGAGGUGCCUGUCGACGGGGAUUGAGCGAAUGAGCCACGUCCAGGGCGAUGAUUAUGAUGAGGAAGUCGAAGGCGAAGCUAAGGGUAUAGCUGCCGGGAAAGACGAUGAGGAAGAAAGAAGAAGAGGCAUAGGAAGAAGACUGAGGUGAUGCUACGGGAGGUUAUUGGAAGAGCUUGAUCAAUUCUGUUUGUAUGUAACGAGGGUU